CCUCUCUCGUGUCAUGUCAACUACCCAUCCGUAUAUGAAGAACUCUAUCGGCGCCUGUUAAGGGGCUUUUCUUCGAGUCCUUCUCUCCUCCUUUCAUCUUCACAUCGAUACAAAACUUGACUCGAUAUAGUUCGAAUCCCCAUAAUAUGUACAUCGAUACCCUUUUCCCAGACGGGCUCUAUCACCCUCUUCUCCCCCGGGCAACCUACGCUUCCUGCUGGGGAGGCCUAGGACAAGGAGAAUGUCGCGGCCAAUCUGACUGCAAAGGACUCGUGUACACAAGUCAAUGCUCCGAUAACAAAGGCGACGAUGUAUGGCCCUCCAUCAAAUUCCACCCCCACAGAGAGGAAGCAUCCAACAUACUAACAGAAAAGACAACAUAGUGCUGUCUCCAACGUCGCUGCACAGUCCCCGAAGGGACGGGUUACUGUCGAGACACCAAUAACCAGACCUGUGAUGGGGGCAACUACUUCUCCGGAUCGGCU